AUGCCCGUCCCCGGCGAGCCCUCUCCUCCGGCCUCGCCUCCGCAGUACUCGGGCCUCCUCGCCGCUCUCCACAGCUGUAUAUCUGGCGGCAACGCCCCCGCGGCUGUCUCCCUCCUGCCCACCCUCGCUCGCGCCGGCCUGCGCGCGCCGUUCCCGCUCCUCACCUCCCUCGCGGGCCUGCUCCUGCUCCGCCCAGCCGCGCCGUCCUUCCCCUCCCUGGCUGGCCGCCUACUCCUCUACGUCCGCCUCGCGGGUCUCAAGCGCCUCGUCCCCUGCUCCACUCAGCUGGCUGACCGCCUCCUUUCACUUAACUUCCUCCUCGGCCGCCCGCGUGACGCACGCCGGCUGUUCACCAAAAUGCCCCGCCCCAGCGUCCAUUCCUACAACGCCAUGCUCACUGGGUACGCGCGCCUGGCACUUGCGGGACCCGCUUCUGAGGUCUUUGCUUCCAUGCCACACCGGGAACUCGUCUCUUACAAUGCUGUUAUGCUCGCGCUCGGGCGUGGCGGCGAAGCGCGGGGAGCUGUGGAGCUGUACUCCGAGCUCCGGAACAUGUACCCCUCCCUUGGGUACAGCCAUCACACCUUCUUGGCGCUCCUUGCGGCCGGCGCUGAGCUCAUGGAUAGGGAGCUUGCCAGGCAAUUCCAUGGCCAUUUGAUGGUUCUUGGGUUCUUGUCUGAUGUCAACAUUGCCAGCUCUCUUCUUGAUGUUUAUAGAAAAUGCCAUUGCGUUGAUGAUGCUAGGAACCUGUUUGACGAGAUGCAUAUCAAGGAUGUGCAUAUGUGGACGACAGUAGUUUGUGCCUGUGCUGAAGAUGGCCAGCUGACUAUUGCUCGUCAGCUCUUUGAUCAGAUGCCAGAGAGGAAUGCAUUUUCAUGGAAUGCCCUCAUCGAGGGAUAUGUUUGCCAUGGGCAGCCAAUGGACGCACUGACUAUGCGUUCACUGAAACUUGGGCAGCAGAUCCAUGGAAUGUUGCUAAGAUGUGGUUUUGAUCAAAGUGUAAUGAUCAUUAGCUCAAUCAUUGACAUGUAUUCAGAAUGCAGCUUUUUGUCUGGUGCCAUAGAGGUGUUCAGCCUAACAGGAUGCGAUUGGAUUGUUUGUCCAGAUGAUUCAUGA